UUGAUACUUGCCCACCAGCAGCUAAGCCAAGUUCACACUGCUAGUGAGUUAGAACUAUAGCAGCAUUUACAAAACAAGCAAAAUGAGAGGCCGCAGUAAUUCCGGAGUGAAACUGGACAACUAUGCCAGAAUGUUGCAACAGACAAUCCUCUGUCACCAGGAUCCGGUGACAGGGUUGCUCCCAGGAGAUGAGACGUUACUUCAUGCCUGGGUAAGAGACAAUGUGUACAGCAUCCUGUCUGUGUGGGCUCUGAGUCUGGCCUACAGGAAGAAUGCAGACAGAGAUGAAGACAAAGCCAAAGCCUAUGAACUGGAGCAGAGUGUGGUCAAACUCAUGCGAGGACUACUGCGGUGUAUGAUGAGACAGCUUGAUAAGGUGGAGAAGUUCAAGUACAGCAAAAACACCAAAGAUUGCCUUCAUGCGAAGUACCAUACAGGAACUUGUGCGACUGUAGUUGGUGAUCAGGAGUGGGGACAUCUACAGGUGGACGCUACCUCCAUCUUCCUGCUCUUUCUGGCCCAAAUGACAGCAUCAGGGCUGAAAAUUGUUUACACACGUGAUGAGGUCGAUGUUGUCCAGAAUCUGAUCUUUUACAUUGAAUCUGCGUACAAAGUGGCGGAUUUUGGAAUGUGGGAACGAGGAGACAAGACCAACACAGGGAUCCCUGAGAUAAAUGCCAGCUCUAUUGGAAUGGCAAAGGCUGCUCUGGAGGCCUUGGAUGGACUGAACCUUUUUGGUGCCAAGGGCGGCCCAGAGUCCGUCGUACACUCUUUAGCUGAUGACAUUCAGCACUGCCAAUCUAUUCUCAGCUCCAUGCUGCCAAGGGCAUCAACAUCCAAAGAAGUGGACGCUGGGGUUCUUUCCAUCAUCUCUUAUCCAGCAUUUGCAGUUGAGGACAUUAACAUAGUUAAUAUCACCAAAGAAGAAAUCAUUUCAAAACUUCAGGGCAGAUAUGGAUGCUGUCGCUUUCUUAGAGAUGGAAAUAAAACUCCCCGAGAGGACCCUGAUCGAUUGUACUACGAGUCAUCAGAGCUGAAGCUCUUUGAGAACAUAGAGUGUGAAUGGCCACUGUUCUGGACAUACCUCAUCCUGGAUGGCGUUUUUAUCAACAGUCCAGAACAGGUUCAGGAGUACAGAGAGUCUUUAGACAGCAUUCUCAUCAGAGGAAAGAAUGGAUUACGAUUGGUCCCUGAGCUUUACAGUGUUCCUCCAGAUAAGGUUGAAGAAGAGUAUGUUAACCCUCACACCGUAGAGAGAGUGCCAGGAGGCAAGUGUCCACUGAAAUGGGGCCAGUCGCUGUACAUAUUGGGUAACCUGCUGUCAGAGGGAUUUUUAGCAACUGGUGAAAUCGAUCCUCUCAAUAGACGCCUCUCUACUGUCCCCAAGCCUGAUGUUGUGGUUCAAGUGUCUAUCCUGGCAGAAAGCGACGAGAUUAAACAGCUCCUACAGAGCCAUGGCAUUGACUCAGAAACCCUGGAGGACGUUCACCCAAUCCGAGUUCAGCCCUCCAGAGUCCUCAGUCACAUCUAUGCCAGACUAGGGCGUAACCAAAGGCUGGGAUUGACUGGACGGCCGUACCGGCGAAUUGGUGUGCUGGGAACAUCCAAAUUCUACAUUAUUCGCAACACUAUAUUUACCUUCACACCUCAAUUUGUAGACCAUCAUGAGUUCUAUCUGGCCCUGGACAAUCACAUGAUUGUGGAAAUGCUCCGCAUUGACAUCUCCUACCUCUGCUCUCGCUGGAGGAUGACCGGCCGACCCACUGUAACUUUCCCAAUUUUACACGACAUGCUCACCGAUGAUCACAAGCACAUUGAUCCUGCUGUUUUGGCAACCCUGAAAAAACUACAGGACGGUUACUUUGGAGGAGCAAGGGUUAAGACUGGGAAACUUUCUGCUUUUCUUGACACCUCCUGUUGUGCCCAUCUUACAUUUAUGGAUUGUGAGGUGGAUGACCUGGCUGUGUAUCUGGACCAGCUACUGGCAGUUCCUCAGCAGAGUCCCAUAAGUGCCACUAAAGGAGGCCUAAACCGCUUCAGGGCAGCAGUCAAAAAGACUCAGGAGAUGGUGUCUCUGGUGCACAAGGCCAGAGAGCUCAAUAUACUCAAUGUGCAUAUGUACCUUCCAACAAAACUUUUUCAGUCUCCGGCACCAAACCUUAAUUUGCUGGAUUGCAAAGAAAAGGCAUCUGAGACACAGGCCCCUCAACCUACAAACCUGCCCAGAGAUGUCAAUGGCGGGAUUGACUACCCAGCUUUAGUGCAGAUGCUGAAACAAAGUCAAAACUUGCAGGAUCAGGCUGAUAUUCUCUAUAUCCUGUUCAAAGACAAGGGAAUGGAUUGGGACACCAAGCUGCACGGGAAAGGUUGGACGGUAAGACAACUACUGAGUGAUUUGUAUGAAAGGGCAGGAAACCUAAAACACUGGGGCCUCAUCCGGAUGAUCUGUGGGAUGCUACGCAAGAAAGUAGAAGAGCUGGAUGCUGCCUGCUCAGAUUUGCUUAUUCAUCAGAAACAUCUAACAGUUGGCCUUCCUCCUGAACCAAGAGAGAAAACUAUUUCAGCCCCUAUGCCCCCAGAUAAGCUGGCAAGGCUGAUCGAGGAAGCUAGUGAGAACAACCUCACCAUCGCUGUUCUCACUCAGGAGAUAAUGGUGUUUCUGGCUAUGAGUAUUCGUACCCAGCCAAAAAUCUUCAGUGAAAUGUUUCGCCUCCGAAUUGGUCUCAUACUUCAGGUCAUGGUCACAGAGCUUGCUCAGUCCCUCGACUGUUCAGGUGAGGAGGCUACAGAGAGUUUGAUGAACAUGAGCCCAUCUGAGAUGAAGAACCUGCUGGUUCACAUUCUCAGUGGCAAAGAGUUUGGGGUUCAGAAAAGUGUGCACUCAUCAGGAAAUGUGGUCAGCCCUGAUGUCAAUAUCCAAGACAAGAGCAAAUCCAGCUCCACCAGACCCGAAGUGAAAGUUGCAAGUAAACAGGGUGGUGAUAUCAAACUGGCUGUGUCAGUUCAUUCGCUGCAUAUUGGAAAUAUUGAAUCAGGGAGAUACAGACUUCCAUCCAUUGAGUCAUUUCAAGGAUCAUUAGGAGCCACGUUGGUGCAUGACAGCAGACAUGGCCAGUGGCUUCGGCGCAGACGUCUUGAUGGAGCUCUCAACAGAGUCCCUUUUGGUUUCUAUCAAAACGUCUGGAAGAUUCUGCAGAAGUGUCACGGGCUGUCCAUUGAGGGCUUUGUGCUUCCAUCCUCAACCACACGAGAGAUGACUCCCGGUGAAAUCAAGUUUGCAGUGCAUGUGGAAACAGUCCUGAACCGCAUAUCUCAACCUGAAUACCGGCAGUUGUUGGUGGAGGCCAUCCUGGUCCUGACCAUGUUGGCAGAGUUGGACAUCCAGAGUUUGGGUGGGGUCAUUGAGGUGGAGAGGAUUGUACAAAUGGCCAGUAACAUGUUCUACAAUGAUCAGAAAGAACUGGGAGCUGAUGAGAGUCUUCUUGAGAAGGAUCACAUGACUGGCAUCUGCAGGCUGAUGUACGACAGCUCCCCCAGUGGCCGUUUUGGCAGCAUGACCUACCUCUCCAAAGCAGUGGCUAGUUAUGUUGAAGACUUUCUUCCCAGUGGAGCUUGUGCCUUUCAGUGAAGCUCCAAACGAUCACAUUGAACUAUCAUACUAUCACAGUGUCAUUUUAAAUGUAGAUAGUGAUAUAUUAAUGAUCUUAGAUAUUUGCAUGAAAAAGUAAAGGCAAGUUAAAUGUGAAGUGUGUUACUUUUGCUCCAUUAACUUCACCAAAUAUGCCUUUGGCCAGAGUCCUGUCCCAAAACAUGCAAACUGCUUAGCAUUAGCAAAUUAGCCAAAAAGCAUCUUACUCCAUUGCUGGCUGUUCAAAGGUAGCUGUGUACU